AUGGGAACUCGGGAGGAGGACGGCUGGGUACCGAUCGAGGGCGUCGUCGACCACCUCGGGCAGCCGAUCUUUUCCCGGGCCGCAGCCGGCGGCUGGCCCUCCGCCGCCUUCAUCAUCGGUAAGCGCCGCCCGCCACCGACCUCUUUCUCCGCUUCUGAGUGAGACUCGGCGACCACCGGUGACCAAAACUCUGCCGCCGCCGUUGCGAUGAAGGAGCCGAGGUGUUGGAGCAUUUCGCCUACAACGGCAUCUUCAUGAACCUCAUCAGCUACCUGACGGGGGCCUUCCAGGAGUCCACCGCCUCCGCCGCCGCCAACGUGAACGCGUUGAGCGGGGUGUCCUUGAUGCUCCCCCUCCUCGGCGGAUUCAUCGGCGACUCCUUCGGGCGCUACCGCAUCACCGUCGUAUCCUCCCUUCUCUACGUCCUGGUCCGUUCCUUCUCUAUACCCGAAAUCUUCACGCAACCAAUCGUCUCGUCGUCAAACCCUAGGGAAAUCUUCGCCAUAUUGUUCAGAAAUUCGUCUAAUUGUACCGUCAGAAGAAGGGUUACUGGUUCUACGGGAGGAAGGAUUUGCUCACAGUAGAUCGGGUUUUCGUAGGGUCUGGCGAUGUUGGUGGCUUCAGCGGUGGCGCCGUCGCUCCGCCCGCGGGAGUGCGGCGGCGGCGGCAGCCGGGAGACCUGCCUCCCCUCCCGAUUCCAGAUUGCGUUCUUCUUCUCCGCAUUGUACCUAGUGGCUGUCGCGCAGGGCGGCCGCAAGCCCUGCGCGCAGGCGUUCGGGGCCGACCAGUUCGACGGCGACGACCCAGAAGAGUGCAGGUCCAGGAGCUCCUUCUUCAACUGGCUGUACUUCGGGAUCUGCAGCGGCACGGGGUUCACGGUGCUGCUGAUGCCCUACAUUCAGGACAACAUCGGCUGGGGACUCGGAUUUGGGCUGCCUUGUGCUUCCAUGGCGGUCUCCCUCGCCCUCUUCUUGGCCGGCACCAGGACCUACCGCUACUGUGCUUCCCCUGGCAAGAACCCCGUCGCGCAGCUCGCCGGAGCCAACGGCAAUUUCUCAAGGAGCCGGCGUGGGCCGCCCGCCGAAGAAGCGAGGGAAGCCCUCCUCCAUGGCGGGUAAGGAUCCUCCAAACCCUGGGAAAGCCUGUUUUAAUGUAAAGAUGUUCUCCUCCUUCCUCAUGGGUUCCCACUCUGCAGGUCUGCUGGGGAGGAGGAGGGUGUCGCAGAGGGCCCUCGAGGGAUCCUCAGAUUGCUCCCAAUCGGGGCAACCUGCUUGCUGUACGCCGUGGUGUUUGCGCAGUCCUCGACCUUCUUCACCAAGCAGGGCAGCACCAUGGACAGAAGGAUCACACCCUCCUUCCUCGUCCCCCCUGCGGCGCUCCAGAGCUUCAUUAGCCUCUCCGUCUUCGCCUUCGUGCCGAUCUACGACCGCCUGUUCGUCCCCAUUGCCAGAGCCUUCACAGGGCGGCCCUCGGGUGUGACGAUGCUCCAGAGGAUCGGCGUCGGCAUGGCGCUCUCAGUCACCGCAAUGGCCGCCGCUGCCACGGUAGAGAGAAAGAGGCUCCAAACAGCCAGAGACUUUGGACUGGUAGACUUACCAGACGCCGCAAUCCCCAUGAGCCUGUGGUGGCUCGUUCCUCAGUACGUCCUCUUCGGGGUCUCCGAUGUUUUCACCGUGGUGGGUCUGCAAGAGUUAUUCUACGACCAGGUACCCGCCGCAAUGAGGAGCUUGGGCUUCGCCCUCUACAUGAGCAUCUUCGGCGUCGGGAACUUUAUCAGCGGCUUCCUCAUCUUGGUAAUCCAGCAAGUCAGCGCCUGGUGGGAGGAGAACUGGUUUUCCGACAACCUCAACCGUUCCCACCUCGACUACUUCUACUGGCUGCUGGCGGCGCUGAGCUCCCUCGAGCUUGUCUUGUACCUUUACUUCGCUCGUUCCUUCGUCUAUAAGCAGAGACAGAAAGGGAGCGCCGCGGCCUGA